CGUAUCCGCGUUGAUAAAUUGGUUUUGCUGUGUUGCUAAUGAGAAAAGCUAGGCUAGUCCCACGGCAAGAAUAGAUCAAUAAGAAGGCUGUUUCCCGAAAAAAAACAAAACAACAAAGUUUAAAAUGACAUACAGAAGAGAUCGAGGUGUGCGAGAGGCGUAUGAAGAGCGCUUCUUGCCAGAAAGACCAGGUCCAUAUCCACGAGUAGCUGGAGGCGUUGAGAGGAGAGGCCCAUUUGGAAGGCCGGAGGAUGAGUACGGGCGUGGCUAUGAAGGAGGUCCCCGUUUUUACCCCAAUGGAGGCGGCCCUAGAGGCUACCAUGAAGACCAGAGGGGCUACCAAGUUGAAGGCCAUCACUUCCCUGAACGCAGAGCAAUCCCACCAGCACGGAGGGAAGAGUUCCCAUACAGGGUACCAAGAGAAGACCCUCAUGCAGCGCGACCUUUGGAGUUUGGGGCUCGUGUUCCUCCACCUCACAGUGUGCGAAGUCAGGGCGUCUAUCCAGCACCCAGAUCACUUCCAGAAAGCGGAGAAGAUACAUUAGUGCAAGCCAUCCGCAACCUGGACAGAGGGGAGGACAGAGAUCCUUACAGGAGAAAGACAGCACUGUUUCCUCCCCUAAGAGAACGUUCCCCUGUCCGCCGCGAGGUGGCUCGUUCCCCCCACAGUCGCUCAGGCUCCAGUGUGAGCAGCAGAGGCUACUCGCCAGAGAGAGCCAAGAGCCUGCCUUUUCCAGCACAGCAAGGCAAGAACUUGGACGUUCCAGAGAGUCACACAGGUGUUACUGAGCACCUCUGGGGGGCGCUCUUUCCUCAGACUGGACACGAGACUUUGGGGUAUGAAGAAACUUAUUCUCAGUCCAAGGUAAUUGACAAAAUCCCUGGCCUGUCACGAGAAGGCUCCCCACAAAGUGCAACAUCAAAUAAGGAGGAGAGCCAUCCUCCGGAAGUAGAAAAGGAGGAACCAGUUGCAGCCCCUGUGAUUGAGGAAAGCAAAAAGUCAACUGAGAAUUCAGAAGAGAGGCGAACUAUGGCUAUCGCAGCCAAAGCCAAGGAGAUUGAAAAGGUCUACAGGCAGGACUGCGAGACGUUCGGAAUGGUUGUGAAAAUGCUCGUGGCUAAGGAUCCCAACUUGGAGAAACAGCUGCAAGUUCCUCUCAGAGAGAACCUUGGAGAGAUACGAGAGCGCUGUCUGAGCGACCUUAAGCACUUCAUCAGAGAGCUGGAUGAGGAGGUCCGGCUGCAAGAACCGACAGUCUGUGACUCUGCCACUCCCGCCAUUUCCCAGAAACUCUCAAAGACCGGAGUGAACCACAGCUCAUCUUUCUGAUUUGGUUUUUUGUUUUUUUUUUUCCUGACUCCGCUCCAAUAAUGUGAGGAAUUUUUGGAAUGAUCGGCUCAAAUUUAGGAUUGUUUGGCUGAACGUACUGUAGGUCACAGCAAGCCAUGAAACUCUUCACAGGACUGACCAGUGUUAUAUUUGAAUGGACCCUUUAUUAGGUUUUCUAUGAAAUAUGUCAAAAUAUUCUAAACGAUAUUCUGUUUAAUGUUAAAUUGUUAUUUAAAAUUAAGUCACCAUGGCUCCCAUGGGUUCGGUUUGACGUUCAUUUUUCAAGCAUUUUCUCACAUUUUGUAAGUCUUGUUUUCUGGUAUGUGAAUUGAAUUAUAAAUCGUCAGAUGUAUGUAUAUGUAUAAGUUGGUGCUGCAAAUGAAAAAACUGUUAAAAGAUCAUAUAAAUUUGUACUGUCUUGAAAUAUUUGAAUUUGACUUUUUGCUUUUUAAAAGUGUGCAGUAAACAUGCAAAUCCUAUCCAUCUUUAUAUAAAUCUUAUAUUGCUUAAUUGUUGGCAGCUAUGGUAAAUGAAUACAUGUAAAAGCUUUUUGGCUUUAAAGUUACCAUAUUUUAUUACAUCACUUACUGCUCAUCACCUUGGUUUUAAUUAGAAAUGGAAAAUUUAAAUCACAAGCCUUGCACUUUUUGAAAACAAUGCCACAUGCUUUGUACAUCAAGAUUUAGGCAGUUUGGCCCAUUCUUCUUUGCAGUACAUCUAAAAAUCCAUCAGGUUGGAUAGGAAACGUCUGCAUGGCCAUUUUCAGGUCUGCCAGAGCUGUUCAAUCCGAUUUGAGUCUGGACUCUGGCUUGGACACUCCAGGACAUUAAGGAAGUAUUUCUAAAGCCAUUUUGGGAUCUUGGCAAUGCUUUAGGUCGUUUCCCCAGUCUGAAGUCCAGGGAGCUCUGAAGCAGAUUUUCCAUUCAGGGUGUCUCUUUGCAUUUCUGCAUUCAUCUUUCCUUCUGUCUUGACUACGCUGACAUCUGCAAAAAAAAAA